AUGAGAAGAAGUACAGAAUCACAGAAGGAAAUUGAGGAAAAGAUGGAAAAUUUCUCCAGUGUUAUACCAGAUCAGUCAGAUGUUGGAUAUCUCGAUACUUUCAUAAAGAAUAAUUCCAAGAAACGUUCGAUUGAAGAUUUGGAUGGAAGUAAACUGGUAGAAAUGAACAGAAAGCUACUGAAACUGUCCAAGGAUUUAAAAACAGAAAAUGAAGAGUUGAAAGAAUCUAAAAAAGCUCUAGAGAAAGAAAAUUUAAAGCAAAAGAAUUUACUCCUCGCUCUAAGGGCCAUGAUGGAUGCGUCUAGUCUGUAA